AUGGCUUGCAAGAACCCUAUGUUUGUCCAAGCCGAUGAUUUUUACUAUGGUGGGCUCCACAUCGCCGGUGAUACAAGAAACUCUUACGGGUAUAAAGUUACCCCGGUAACGGUAUAUCAAAUACCGGGACUCAAUACUCUUGGCCUCUCAUUGAUCCGGAUUGACUACGCACUAUGGGGAGCCAACCCACCACACACGCACCCUCGAGCAACUGAGAUAAUCAUGGUUCUCGAGGGAACUCUUCAAGUCGGAUUCAUUACAUCAGACCCACAGAAUAGACUUAUUACGAAAGUUCUUCAAAAGGGUGAUGUAUUUGUGUUCCCCGUUGGACUUGUUCAUUUUCAGAGGAAUUUAGGUCAUACGAAUGCAAGUGCUAUUGCUGCUUUGAGCAGUCAAAACCCGGGGCUUAUUAGCCUCACAAACACGAUAUUUGGAUCUACUCCACCGAUUUCAAAUGAGAUUCUAGCACAAGCGUUUCGUGUUGAUAACAAAACAGUGAAUCACCUGAGAAGGAAAUCCAUGCAUGUGUGA